CGCCAUUCCCUGCCUCCCUUUUUCGCUCCCUUUCUCCCUGGAUCUCCGUCGCCCUCGUCCUUCCCUCUUCCAGUCACUCCCUGCUUGACUCCCCUCUCCUUUCUACUACGCGUAUCCGUCGCCAACGGCCUCAAGUUCGUGCGCGUCGCUGAGAAACGCCCCCCCUUAGCCCGCAGCAUCUGCCAUGACGCAGGGUGCCAAGGCGCUGGUCUGCGCGCUCGCCUGCGCGGGCGCCUGCCUGCUGCUCCGCCAGGCCGCCUUCGCGGCCCCUGGCGGCGCGGCCGCCACCACCUCCGCCCCGCGGGCGCUGCGCGGCGCAGGGGCGGCGGCGCCGCACGAGGCGGCUGGGGCUGGCUCCUCCGCGUCCCCGCUGAGCCUCGGCCUUGCCGUGGGCCUCGCUGCCGGCCUGGCGGCGGUGGCGCGCCGCAGCGCGGCUCCCCGCCGCGCGUUCGCCGACGGCCUCGUGGGAUCGGAGUACCACGGCUGGGGCAAGUACGAGUGGGACCCCCUGGAACUGUCCACGACGUACCCGGAGCACUUGGCCUGGUACCGCGAGGCCGAGCUGAAGCACUGCCGCGUCGCCAUGCUGGCCUUCGUUGGCUUCAUCGCGCCAGAUGGGUUCCGCAUUCCGAUCCCGCAGCUGCAGGACAGCUCUCUGGAUCUCAUCAACGCCCACAAGAAGCUCAUCGGCCCCGGCCUCGGGGAGGGACCCAUGUGGUGGUUGCUCGCCUUCUGCGGCGUCGUCGAGUCCUUGCGCUUCAGUCAGCUGGGUCUCGGCUUCGAGAAGCUCACCCUGGAGAAUGCGGGCGACCUGAAUUUUGGAAAGGCCUCCGCCGCAUCCCGGCGGCGUUAGGCAGAGGAAGAUGGGGUGAUGAGGAUGAAGGGAGGGAGGGAUGGAGGGAGGGAGGGAGGGCCGCCGUCUGGGAGUCGCCGCACUUCCCCUUCACCCCAGGGAGCUGAUGCCUUUCGCCCCGGCGGGCGCGGCAGCGCGGGGGCGUCGCCCACCGAUGUGUUUUUCAAACCGGCCCCAGCCUCGUGCCGGCCCGUCGGCAGUGGCGGCGGAA